UGUUGCGAUGUCGUUGUUGUGUACCAGGGGAAGUCGGUGAGCAGAUGUGAAACAGGUGAUGAAAAGGUAAAAAGACAAUCCCGAAAGAAGUUCCGUUGUAGGCCUACAAAAAUCGCCGGCGUCGGAAAGCCAACUCGUAUUUGCCGUGAACAUUCUACUACAGAGGGCAGUGAAGAACUUGCAUCACCAAUGGAUAGAAGUAAAUUAAAGCCGUUCUCAGGCUCUGGUCCUAUUUGGACUAUAGCGACGAUGAAAGAACGGAGCAGUAUAAUUGAACCUCAAGAGACCGUAGAAUUCGAAAGUGAUUCUGGCAGUAAGAGGGAAAAACAUAAAGAUGCCGACGAAGAUUGUGACGGUGACGGCGGUAAUACUGAACAACACCAGGAAAAUAGUGAGAAUAAUGGUGUGGAUGAAGAUUUUAUUGAAGAUCCUACCAGUGCGGGUGAAAGCGUCCGGACGACAUCACAGGACGUCCAGUCCUCGAUGUUCGACCAAGUCGAGCCUAUCUAUCAAAACACUAAGAAGAAACACACCCCAGGCAUAAUUUACCUGAGCUAUAUUCCCGAGGGACUAACAGUCGCUAAAGCUCGUGAGAUCCUGUCCGUGUUUGGUAAUGUGGGGCGCAUUUAUUUCGAGCCGAUUAAAAGACUGGACAGGAAGACUCGUCCAAACCAUCGUUUUGCCGAGGGCUGGGUGGAGUUCGAGAAAAAGCGCAUCGCAAAAAUGGUAGCGGAGUCGCUUAACGCUAAGCCGGUGGGGGGCAAACGACGUGCUCCGUACCACGAUGCCCUGUGGUCGAUGAAGUACCUACAUCGUUUCCGCUGGCCACACCUUUCGGAGCGACUGGCCUACGAAAAGGCGGUAAAAGAUCAACGUCUGCGUACCGAGAUAGCCCACGCUAAGCGCGAGGCUAGUUACUAUGCAAGAGCGCUUGAAAGGUCGAUUCGACUACGGAAGAAGCGGAAAAAGGAGAUUAACCAAACGGCUAACUCUGGUAAUGACGGUUCUUUGCUUGAUGCCUACGCUAAUGUGCGACUGAAGAAAACUGAGCGAGAGAUCCGUCAAGCAAAGAACCAGAGCUUACAAGUUGAUAAGAAACUUCUAAUGAGUAUAUUUUCCAAGUAGUCCAAAAACAGAAGGAUAACCGUUUGUAAAGAGAAGCAGGGUGUUGCUAUUCUCUUCAAUUCUUUGUGCGGAAAAUGCGCGUUCUUGUGGUGCAGAGUAGCAGCUUCGGGCCAUAAGUACCUUCGUGAUGUUGAAUUCGCUGAUUCAGAAGAGAAAAUGGAGCGCUAUAGACAAUUAUACGUGUAUAUAUGAAAACAGUAUAUGAAAAAUAAUUAUCGUUAUAUAUAUUCCCGUUAAUAACUAAUAAUAAACUGGCCUAAACACUUUCAACAAAUUCAGCAGUAAAAUGUGGUGGUACAUAGACAUAAGUAAAAAAAUAAAGUGCACUGUAAAUAACUGUUCGUUCUUAAUGGGGCACUCGAUUAAAUAUUCUGUUCGAACAGAAUUGAAAAAAUAUUUUUCGUGUCUUAUGUCCAAUACUUAUGCCAUUAGGUGUUACUUUAAAAGACUGGCCCUGCCAGCAUGAGAUACCUAAAUUAAUUGCAAAUAAUGAAUUAUAAUAGCUUGCUGAGCUCAAACCUGGAUUACGGCGUGUUUAAAUUUAACAGGCAAAAACGUUACCCAGUGCAUUAUCACAGGAACAGUUUAAAUGAACUUGGUGUAAUCUUUUUCCGAGAGCUUAAUAGACAAAAAGCUCGAAGAUAACAGCGUCCGGGCAACAUCGCAUUGUGCAAGAGUAUUCGUCAGAACUCGACCUUGUUUUGCAAAUACCAUAGAAGCUAUUGAUCCAUAGCAUUUCCUAUAAAUAUGGAAAAUACAAAAGUAGGUAUUAUGUAUUGCUGCUGAAAAA